ACAAAGCAAAAUUUCCAAAACCGUUAAAGCCAGCUUUUGCUAACUAGGCUGGAGCAGCCACGAAUAAGGAAAGGAGAAAAAACUGGUGCCACAGCCCAUAGCCCAGUAGCCCACUGAUCAUCCUCAAAACAAAGCGUGAAUGGUAAGCACCAGGAGCGCAUGUUGGAGAACAUAACCCAGUAUGGAAACUCAUAUUGGCAUUUGGAUGGCAGCCCAGAACUUCCAGUUUCAGGGUUUCUUAAAUGCAGGAGUUACAAAACCUCUCCCCUAUUCCCUCGUUUUCUGUCUCUCUCUCCUGGCUUUUCUCGCCCUUAAUCAUCUGUAACAGUCGCUGAAUUCGCUAUUGUGUCUCUGAUCACCUUGGCCGAGAGAAUGCAUGCGAAAUCCGACUCGGAGGUUACGAGUCUAGACGCGUCGUCGCCGCCACGAUCACCCCGGCGGCCCCUCUACUACGUGCAGAGUCCGUCACAAAACGAUGUGGAGAAGAUGUCGUACGGGUCGAGCCCUUUGGGUUCCCCACAUCACUACCAUUCUUCUCCCAUUCAUCACUCCCGUGAGUCAUCCACCACUAGAUUCUCCGCUUCUUUAAAAAACCCUAGGAACGUCACCGCAUGGAAGAAGAUCCACAGAGAGAUCGAAGAGGGAGAAGACGAAGACGAUGUUGACGCAAGUAGUAAGGGUUCUGGCGAGGUUGCGAGGUUCUAUGUGAUCUGUUUCGUUUUCUCCUUCGUCGUUCUGUUCACGAUGUUCUCUUUGAUCUUGUGGGGCGCAAGCAAGCCAUACAAACCCAAAAUCUCCAUUAAGAGUAUGGUGUUCGAGAGCUUUAACAUACAAGCAGGUAUGGACAACUCGGGAGUCCCAACCGAUAUGAUGUCAUUAAAUUCGACGGUCAAGAUUUGGUUCCGGAACCCAGCCACCUUCUUCGGUGUCCACGUCACUUCCACGCCACUCGAACUCUACUACUAUCAGCUCAAGCUGGCCACUGGAUAUAUGGAGAAGUUCUACCAAUCGAGGAAGAGCCAGCGGAUGAUAACGGUGAUUGUGAAGGGAAGCCAAGUGCCAAUGUACGGAGGGGUCUCGAAUGUGAACGGGGGAAAGCAGGACCAAACGAGCUUGGCGGUGCCACUGAACCUAACAUUCCUGGUGAGGUCCAGGGCUUACGUUCUUGGGAAGCUGGUGAAGCCCAAGUUUUAUCGGAGCAUCCGUUGCGCCGUCACUUUGCAUGGCAGCCUACUUGGCAAGCCCCUCCCUUUACUCCAUUCUUGUGUCUAUCAAUGAAUUCUGUGAAUGAAAUUGACUACCACUUCUUAAAGUCAUUUCCAAGUUCUAUAGUGUUUAUUACCUAAGAUUAAUACUUUAACUAUGCUUGUUCUUGGCUGUUGGCCUGUUAAUACAUUAUGAGUGGCAUAGUGAAGG